AUGUCGUCACCUGCAGUGCGCACUCAAUAUAUGGUAACAAAAAAUACUAAAUUCGAAGCUAAAUUAGCUCGAUAUUUAAUAUCUAAACCCGGUGAUCAACUACUCGGUUAUGAUGCAUGCAUAGAAAAGCAAGGAAAGAGUAUAAAUUAUCGUUUGAUUGUGUUGGGCCUUGAAUCACUGUAUUUAUCGGAUAAUCCACCGAAGACAGCUCAAUUGGAAAAACCAUUUAUUCAUUAUCGUGAUAUUCUACGCGCAGAAAUAAUUGAUGAUUAUCCAGAUUUUCUAUUUGGAAAUGAAAAAACAAAUGCAUUACAUAUGCGUUUACGUGUUAUAAUGCCAUCAAAUAAAAGUAAAAAAGAUAGAAAUAAAAAGUCGAAAUCAAUAAACGCGGAAGACAUGGAUACAAUACCAAGUUUAAUGAAUCCAUUCAUUUUAGAAAAUAUUAAUAGUUAUAUGGAACCAAUAACUCCAAGACGAACAACAUCAAAUCAUGAUGUAUAUCAAGCAUCAUUACCACAACUUUCAGCUGCUAUUCCAUUUCUUCUAUCAUCACCAUCAACAGCAACGCUGGGAAAAGAACCACUGUCUUCAUCUCGACGAACUGAUGAAUUGUCAGCAUCGGGAAUGGGUAAUGCUUCAUUGGAAUUUCAAGAACGUCUUGAAGAUUUAAAUCUUGAUACUGAUCGUUCAACUAUUCAAAGUUUACUUUCAACACCACGAACAUUAUCUAAUGAGCAGAGACUAAUGCUCAGAUCAAAAUCAGCUAAAGCAUCAUCGAAAAAAAAGAUAAACAGUGAUUCAAGUUGGAAUUCAGACUCACCAAGAUUUAAUCGUUAUGCAUUACAAGUACACAAAGAUGAUCGCUACGGCACUUUACAUACUCCACGAAGUACAUCACGUGGAACACCACGUUCACAUAUGAACGAUGACAUGACACUAUCAACAGCUCGAUCAACAUUAACAGAUUUAUCCUAUACGAGUAGUAUGACUCUUAGUGCUACUAAUAGUGAAGAAUCAGCUAUCUAUUGUCCAUCAGUGGAAGAAGUUCGCAGUCUUCGCGAUGAUAUUGCAGAAGAUAUGAGAGAAGUCGAUAUCUAUUUUCUUAGUUUAAAUGCAAAAAUUCCAGAAAUAUUAAGUGCAGCAUUAAGUAAUUAUGUUGUUAUUGCAACAUUACGUUUUCAAAGUGAUCCCGAAUUUUCAAUAUUAUCACAUGCUCGCCUUCAAUAUUCAGUUGAUGUUACAAUGACGAAAUUUUCUCAACUAAAAACUGAAAUCUUACAUUCGUAUAAAAAUCCUAAUCAAUUAAUUGGAUUAACAGGAGAAUUAUGUACUGCAUGUGAUCGAUAUCCUCAAGUGAAAGAACUUUUUUGGAAGGAUCAAGAUUUAUUUGUUUAUUAUAUUGCAGAAUUGAAUACAUGUUCUCAAGCUAUAUCAAAGAAUGAAUUUGAUGAUAGUACAAUAGAUGUUUCGUUUUCAAUUAUGGGACUAUUAAAUGAAGUGUUUUUGAAUACAUUUGUAUCAACUGAACGACAAGCACGAGUAACAGACAAUCAGUGCUCACAAAUUCAAGUUCUUGCUAAUUGUCUUUUGACACCGCCGAUCGCUUUACUUCCAACCGUACGAACAACAUCCGAUGGUUCAGGAUUUAAUGACAUGCUGAAAAACGCGUACAGAACAGUAUUGAAAUGGAUGUUUAUGUCAACUUCUCUAUUAUGGCAUAUCGGCGACAUCGUUCGUCGGCCAUCAUGGACGACGAAAAUUUUUCGUUUUCGACACUUUAUUGAAUCAUUUGAACAAGUACAACUUAAGGAUGAAUAUUUUGAAUUAUUUAUCGAUGCAAUAACAAGAAUGAUAAUUAACAACGAGAAGAACGAUCCUUUAAGUCCAAAACAUGCAUUAUAUGUUUAUCAAUUUUUUUCAAUUUUAUCAAUGUUAUUAGCUAAUUCAACAAUAUUAUCUCAAUACAUUCGUGAUCAAUACGUCGAAGAUUUCAAAUAUUUUUUAAAAGAAGAAGCCAUACUUUCAAGAAUUCCUGUUCAAUAUCCAGUCUACCGUUUUAUACCGGAGCUUAUCCGCGAUGUUCGUCAUCGUAUCUUAUAUGGUGAACCGAAAAUAGAUUUAUCGACCCGCGCUAAACAUCAUCAACUUAUUUAG